UUGUCUAACUAUGGGCCAUGUCCACGUCGAUGGUCUCCUGCUGUGUUAUGGUUACAGUUCCUGCAGGCAAUAAUUGUGGUUUAGAUGCUACAGUGCACACUCACAAUAAGGGACAUUCCUGAAUCAGAAGGUGCUUGGAUAGACUAGGCAAAGGGCUGCUUCUCGUCCGACCAGAGGAUACAAAGCCAACAGCUCCCCAUCCCAAGUGCAGAGCCAUGAUCGAGGUUGUCAGAGCCGUGUAUGGACAUUGCACCAUGAUGUUCUUAUUCAUCCUGUUUCUUUCUGGUGUUGCAUCUUCCAGCCAUGAGGGCUUUCAUCCGCGUUGGAAGAGAGGAACAAGAUCCUAUAAAUCUCUGUGCAUUGAGCAUUCAUCUGGGAGGAUCUAUAAAUUGGGGGAUACCUGGCUGCGCCCCGCAGGAAAACGCACGGAAUUCUGCCGCUGCGAAAAUGGACUGUCUCGAUGCCAUAGCGUGCCAGUUACAGAUUGCACUGAACAGAAGUGUUACAAUGGCGGACUCUGUCGGCAGGCUGUGUACUCUGCCCACCAUCUGUGCCGCUGCCCGAGCAGGUUUAAAGGAGACCACUGUGAGACAGACACACAGGAGACAUGCUAUGAAGGCAAUGGCGCCACCUACAGGGGGACACAGCAUGAGACACAGAGCGGAGCCGUUUGCCUAAACUGGAAUUCGGAGUCACUGCGUAGGCACAGAUACAACGGGAAACACGAGGAUGCCCUAUUACUGGGCCUGGGCAACCACAACUACUGCAGGAAUCCAGACGGGGAUUCUAUGCCCUGGUGCCAGGUCUAUAAAGAUGGACGGUACAAAUGGGAGUACUGCUCUCUCAAAGCUUGCAGUGCCUCCAUAUCUUGUUUUUCCGGACGUGGAACAACAUACCGUGGGAAUCACAACAUCACCAUGUCUGGGGCAGCCUGCUUGCGCUGGGACUCACCUUUAGUGCGUCAUAAAACAUACACAGCCUGGAAAAGCCAAGCGCGCAAUUUGGGAAUGGGGAGCCACAACUACUGCAGGAACCCAGAUAACGAUAGUCGUCCCUGGUGUCACGUCAUGAAAGGUUCAGAGACAGCCUGGGAACUCUGUGAUGUCCCCAAAUGCUCCACUUGUGGUACCCGCCGGCCUUCGUUGCCUCAGUUCAAGAUAAGAGGGGGCAGAGGGGCAAAAAUAACAUCCCACCCCUGGCAAGCGGCCAUCUUUUAUGUUUCCAGGCGCGUUGCGGGGGAACAUUUCCUGUGCGGAGGAACACUCAUACACAGCUGCUGGGUGCUCAGUGCCGCUCACUGCUUCAAUGAUAUCUCAACAGCACCACAACUGCGAGUAAUACUUGGUAGAACCAUGCAGACUGUGCCAGGCGAUGAGGAGCAGAAAUUCACUGUGGAUGAACUGCAUCUCCAUCCUGACUUUGAUUCCAACACCUUUGAUAAUGACAUUGCUCUUCUUAAGCUGCACUCUACAUCCGGAUCCUGCGCCAAGGAGACAGAAAGCACCCGGCCUGCGUGUUUUCCUGAUUCAGAAAUGACCUUACCAGACUGGACGGAGUGUGAGAUAUCUGGAUAUGGAAAGCAUGAGGAAUUUGAUCUGCUUUAUUCCGAACAACUGAAGGAGGGCCACGUGAGACUGUACCCUGACAGUAUGUGCACCCCAGAGCGUCUCUCUGACCAGAUUGUGACAAAGAACAUGCUGUGCGCCGGGGACACACGGAACCUGGAUGAUGCUUGCAAGGGUGACUCUGGAGGGCCUCUCGUGUGCCCACAUGAAGGACACAUGCACCUUAUGGGCAUAGUGAGCUGGGGUAUUGGCUGUGGAAAGAAGGACACUCCUGGGGUAUACACCCGUGUGACCAGAUACGUGGACUGGAUACAGAAGAAAACAGGGGGUUCUGUGAAGGCGGAAGCCUGAGAGAACUUUAAUUGCCACUGGAAUGGAUUGAAACCCAAGCACUUACCUGCACAAUUGCUUCAGGGACAUUGGAUCAUGAUGUGCCUCUUUGUGCAGCAUCUUAAUAACUGCUGUCUAUGUCGUACUUGUUUUGCACUGACCGGCACACACCAACAGGAGGCGGUGCCUUUAAUUUUAUACAGGAAUGUCUGGAAUCACAUGACAGGAUGCAGACUACCUCAUGAGUCAUGUGACUGAUAUUCCUGGUCCCUGAGAGACCAGCUGACCGUCUUCCCAGCAGAGGGAGCUCUUCUCACAAACUAUGCAACUCUGAAGUGUGGCUGAUACCAGGGCUCUCCUAUGACUUUCCCUUUAAUAUCUUAAAAUGGAUGUGAAUCUCUGGGACUAGUAACCACGAAAGAGACUGACAAUUGUGAGCUUCAUGCCUUCCUACAACGAGCCCGGCCAAUAUCAUUAUUUAUAGUAAAUCUACUAAAGGCCUUCGUUGUGUCGCAAGCCACCAAAAUUAGACUUAAACCUAUUUAAUAAUUGUAUAUUCUAACACCGCAAUGCUAUGUUAUGUUUAUUAUAUUAUUUAAAUGUGAAUAUUUUGUUAUUGUCGACUUGAACUUGUUUUAUGCAAUAAACAAUUGGUUUUUGUUAACAAGAUAA